GUCGCACAGAUAUGCUUAUUGUAGUCAAGACCGUGCUCUCGAAAAGGUAUUUGGUCCGUAUUCCGUAUGAUUCUUGGACAGCCAAUAAUUACAACUGUAUAAGGGCAAAAUAAGAUGGGUUCUAGCUCGUAUUUUGUGAACACUCUUUUUUCGAAGUAUCAGCCGGGAGACGCCUUUUAUCCAAGCGGUUAUGAGCUACCUGCAUGUGCGUUCAACAAAAGGCAAAAAGUGUACGGUGCCCCUGCCACGGGGGUAACCUCAGCUACGGGGACCGUGACAACACCUCAACAACAAGCAGGUCUGUACGGCGCACCCACCACCUUUCCAAGCAACUAUGACACUACGGGACAGGGCACGUAUGCCCCACUGAAUCAGAACAUUCCUACCUCGGCUCCAUGGGACAGUCGAUUGCAGGGCUAUGGAGCAGCUUGGGGUGGUCCCACCGAUUUGGAUAGUUUCAAGGAUCACAACUCCUUAUGCUCCGUGGCAACGGACGCUGCAUGCCCGUCUGUCGUGGCAGCCCCAGCCAAUUCCGCCUACCCUUGGAUGAACGUUACGGCGGCUCCAACCGGUGUCGAGAUGGGUAGGAAACGAUGCCGACAAACAUACACACGAUACCAAACGCUUGAGUUAGAAAAAGAGUUCCACUUCAACCGAUAUUUGACAAGGAGGCGACGAAUAGAACUCUCGCAUCUCCUAGGGCUGACAGAACGACAGAUCAAAAUCUGGUUUCAGAACAGACGAAUGAAAUACAAAAAAGAAAACAAGAAAGACGGUGUGACGGACAAGGAGUCGGAGAAUGAUGAAACGAUCACAGCCCCGACGGAAACCACCGAAUUGGUAGAAGAAAAACCAACAGAUACAUGCGAAAAUAAAUGAACAAUACAAAACAGAUAGAACUGAAAAGAAAUAAUAAAAACCCGAUGUACAUCUGACUUAGGCCUAGGCCUAGACGGCGUAAUGUAUUGAAGUUAGCCGAGUCUUAUGUUCACUAUAGACUCUAUUGUUGUUAUGUCUUGUUUAACGGUCCGGCGUGAGAUCCGACCAGCAAGUCACGUGUGUGAGGUUGGACAAAUUUAUACCAACACAAAGACUAAACAACAGAUAGAAAUUAUGUAUUUACAAUUUCAUUACUGUUAAUGGGCGCUCUGCAAUUACUCUGUUAUUUUGUUUUAUAUUGUUUUACUAGUAUGUAACUUCGUAUACGUGUGUGCCAAGGGGAUAAUAUUUUCUACUAAAAGCGAUUUUUGUUCUCAAAUACCACAACAUUUACCAUGUUUCAUAAAUAAAUACGAUAAAAACCAUGACAUAUCGGAAUUUUAUUUCAUAAACUAGUAGUACUGUAUUGUGCGUUGCCGAGUUUAGCAAAGACG